AGUGACGGCCGUCCAGUCAAGGUCACUGACCAUGAAGGCUAAGAUGAUUCCCAGGCAGCCCAAACUCGGUGACGUCGAUGUGGUCAAAUGUGUGGCAUCUCUGGACUUUGUCAAGGAAUUCAACAGUUAGUCAAAAGUUGACAUUAUGACAACAUUUAGUCUAGUAGAGUUAGAGAUUUGACAACAUUUAGUCUAGUAGAGUUAGAGAUUUGACAACAUUUAGUCUAGUAGAGUUAGAGAUUUGACAACAUUAGUCUAGUAGAGUUAGAGAUUUGACAACAUUUAGUCUAGUAGAGUUAGAGACUUGACAACAUUUAGUCUAGUAGAGUUAGAGAUUUGACAACAUUUAGUCUAGUAGAGUUAGAGAUUUGACAACAUUUAGUCUAGUAGAGUUAGAGAUUUGACAACAUUUAGUCUAGUAGAGUUAGAGAUUUGACAACAGUUAGUCUAGUAGAGUUAGAGAUUUGACAAGUUAGUCUAGUAGAGUUAGAGAUUUGACAACAUUUAGUCUAGUAGAGUUAGAGAUUUGACAACAUUUAGUCUAGUAGAGUUAGAGAUUUGACAACAGUUAGUCUAGAAGAGUUAGAGAUUUGACAUUUAGUCUAGUAGAGAUGAUAAUAUCAUCUAUUUUUCUGUCUUGUUUUGUCCCUUUCACCUUCAAACUGAAAGCUUUCCAAACACCAGAAUAGUACAAUGUCGAUUGACUUUUAUUUCAAUAUAUUACAUUUUUUUUUUAAACGUGUUAAUAAGGGAAACUUCAUAAAAGGGAGAGAGCUCAACUAGAAAUGUUUUGAGUUGACUCUCUUUGAAUUCAAUAUCAAAUAAGGCUAUGUGGGAUACAUUACAUUUUAAAGGCAAAAUAAACAUAUCAAUGUCAUCAUGUUUAUGACUUGUGGAAAGUUACAAAUAAUUCUACAGCAGCUCAGUCAAGGAAAGAUAAUUUAUAAACACUUUGAAAAUUAAAUGUACGAUUACAAGAGAAGUAUCGGCAACUUUUGAUGUCCGUUCCAGAACUGCUGAGUCCAGUGUUCACAGAGAUCGUUCACAGACCCGUGUCUGGUGGCCCGGCAUUGGUAGAACUGACCUGGAGGGCGAUCAGUGACGCCAGUAAGAUCAAGUAAGUGGGUGAGGGGGAAUGUCGCUUAGGGCAAUCGGUGACGCCAGUAAAAUCAUUUGAGUGGGGGAGGGGAAAUGACGCAUAGGGCAAUCGGUGAUGCUGGUAAAAUUAGGUGAGUGAAAAUAAAAUUGUGGUUUCACUGCGAACAAAUAUGAUUGAAAUGUCCAGUCCUCUUGUAAUCACUGAAAGGAUAGUUUUCAUUCAAUAACCUUGACCUUAGAAGCUUGUAGUACACUUCUUUACUUUUUGAUAAUAUAGAUAACCUUGAUAUUGUUUUCUGCAACUCCAAAUACAUUUGAAUUUCGCCAUCUUUAAUGUAAAGAUUAAAUAAAUAGAAAACUUUCUUGAUUCAGUAAAAUAUUUGAUAAUUCAGUAAUAUAUUUGAUAAUUCAGUAAAAUGUUGAUUAAUUUCAUAAUUCAGCAAAAUAUUUGAAAAUUCAGGGAAAUAUUUGGUAAUUCGGUAAAAUAUUUGACAUUUCAGAAUCUGUGCCAAGAUGAAAGACGUGAGGGGUCAUGACGUCAUUACAACUGUUGAACUGGCGGGAAGCAUGACGUCAUAUCUGCUCGCGCUGCCCUGGGCUGAGACGGAAUGUCACGUGACUCUAGAAUGUAGCACGGCCGAGGGUGCCAACUACCCAAUCGUGGGGCGGGGCAUUAGAACACUGCCAUACGUUCAUUGUAAGUAAUUCAGUUUAGUUGUAGCAUGAUGGUCCUCAGGGAUCUAGUUUAUUAAGGGGAAACAAAAUUGUAAAUGAACCAGUCUCUAACCUUACAUAUAACAGUGAUAAUCUCCCAUCUACAUUAGAUUUGUGAAACGCAUCAGUAUACUUGUUUAUAUGGCAAGGCUUGUUCCUGUUCACUGUUCGCUUUUCAGUUGCAUUGUUAUAUUAAGCACAUAUGACAAUGCCAUAAAUCAUACAAUAAUAAGAUACAGUUUUUAGUAUUGAAUAGCCUUAGAAGAAAUUGAAAUAACCAAAAAAUUCUCAAAAUAAAUUUAUGUAUUUUUUAACUCCUGGUCACUGUCCAGGUUUCAAAGCGAGGUUCAACCCUGCGACUUGCCACAAGAAAAUCGCCAUCCUAUCUGGCAGGGACGAGAUUGUACACCGGAAGUGCAAACUUGCCAACCUUCACAACGCAUGCCCAGUCACGACCAGCUUCCAGCGCCUGGAGGCUCUCGAGGGCGCCACGGCUGACGAAUGCAUCCCCCUCCUACCUCACGUUUACUGGGAGUCUGUCAUUCACUUCCACGUGUUCGGCAAACUGGGCAACUCGAAACUUCUGUGUGACAUCGGCAUCUGCAAGCAGGGUUCGGAGAACGACUCCGCACUGCUCUGUGACAACGCCAAAGCUUGCUGCGCAUAUCUGGUGCGCAGGAACAAUAAGAUCGCGCUCGAGUUUUGGAACGGUGCGAACAGGGACACCUUACCACGCAGCAUUCCCGUCCUUGACCUUGACCAGGAGACCGAGAAGACCGUUAAGCUGGGUUUUUACUUCGACGCCAUGAGACGUCUGUUCGCCAUCGUCAGCCCGGGCAACAACGCAAUUUUGUGCCAGCUGCACGUCAAGUUCACGACAGUGGUUCCGGUUGCCGGGUUGUACUGCUUUGACCAUGUCUUCGGCGUCAUCAAGUUCACGGAGUGUCAAAAGUUGCCGAAUGUUUUAUCCAAGUUGAUGAAAAGUCACGCCAAUGUUUGACUGGUCAAGGUGACACGGAACAGAUGCUACUGUUAAAGCGAUGUCACCCUGUCAAUCCCUGUAACUUAUUCUAUAGUGUUAGUAGACUAUCGUUAAAUCAUUUCAGGUACAUCAAUGAUUGUUACAACGAACACUAGAAACAUGAUGCGUCAGCUUUCGGUGGUUGAAUCAGUGUUUAACAAUGAUUUGUUGGAUUGGUGUCGGUAUGUGUGAAGUGAUUCAUUUAGAACAUUGUGAGAGACAUAUGGUUGUAUGCAGUCAUAUGGUUAUAUGCAGGCAUAUGGUUGUAUGCAGUCAUAUGGUUGUAUGCAGUCAUAUGGUUGUAUGCAGUCAUAUGGUUGUAUGCAGUCAUAUGAUUAUAUGCAGUCAUAUGGUUGUAUGCAGUCAUAUGGUGGUAUGCAGUCAUAUGGUUGUAUCCAGUCAUAUGGUUGUAUGCAGUCAAAUGGUUGUACGCAGUCAUAUGGUUGUAUGCAGUCAUAUGGUUGUAUGCAGUCAUAUGGUUUUAUGCAGUCAUAUGAUUGUAUGCAGUCAUAUGAUCGUAAGGUGCCCAGAUUCGGAUGAUUAAAUUUCGACGAUAUUCUAUUAUUUCCAAAAUGAUGUUACAUAUGGUGACCCAUGGGAACUCUGCAUUUCCCUUCCAUUAUCCGUCUCAGGUCACGCGAGUUUAUAAUAAAUAAUUAGAAUUAAUAUUAUUUUUUUUUUUAAAUCAGUGAUCCUCAAACACUGCUCCACGGGACACAAAAAUUCAAAGGAAGUGAUGGCUACAUCAGCUUUUCGUUCAUUGUGCCCUCGGGCGGGAAAAACUUGAAGAUUCUGUUUCUAGUGUGUACAAUAUAUUCAGUACAAGUUUGAGGACCUAUGGUUAUUUGCAGUGUAAACUAUAUUGAGAGAUGUCAUAGCGCCAAUUUAAGAACCCCUGGAUAUUUUCAGUGUACAAUAUAUUCAGAGAUGUGAGAGUACAAUUUUAAGGACUUCUGAUAUUUUCAGUGUACAAUAUAUUCAGAGAUGUGAGAGUACAAUUUUAAGGACUUCUGAUAUUUUCAGUGUACAAUAUAUUCAGAGAUGUGAGAGUACAAUUUUAAGGACUCCUGAUGUUUUCAGUGUACAAUAUAUUCAGAGAUGUGAGAGUACAAUUUUAAGGACUCCUGAUGUUUUCAGUGUACAGUACAUUUAGAGAUGUGAUAGGGAUAUUUUGAAAACCCAUGUUAUUUGGAUUCUACAAUAUAUGGAGAGAUACGAUUUCGCAAGUUUGAGGAUCACUGGUUCAUUGAAUGUACUUGUGCAGCGCAAGUUUGAGGAUCACUGGUUCAUUGAAUGCACUUGUGCAGUAUAUUGAGAGAAGUGAUACGUUCCUUAAGAGUAAAGAGAUAUAGAAAUAAGCUAAACGAGUUUCCACAUAAUGGCCAGGGGUACCACAUACAGCAAGGGGUGCCACAUACAGCAAGCGGUGCCACACAAUGAACGGAAAAGGUGCACCACAAUACAAACGGUUGUAGGGACAACCUGACAGAUGUAAAAUAUUUCAAUUUCGUGUUCUCUUAACGCGUUUCACCAAUGUGGCCAUUUUUUUUUUGUUCAGAUUUAACUCCAGGACAUUGACAAUCGUUCUGGCGCAUAAGGGGUACAAAACUAAAUUAAUUAUUUGUGGUUACACUGCGAACUCUCCUGUCUGUGAGGCGUUCUCGCAACAAAAUAUUAAAGGGUUGAUAAAUUAGAUGAGUUGUGUUUAUUUUUUAAAUUGGUUUUGCUUAUUUAUGUCUGACAGAUGGACGUAAUAUGAUUUAAAUUUACCAUUUUUUCGUUUCACUGUAUUGAAUAAAUCGUAUGAGUUACCAGGAUGGUUGCCCAAAACCAGUGUCUUACUAUCUGACCACCCAUCUGUUACAUGUUUACUAUCUGACCACCCAUCUGUUACAUGUUUACUAUCUGACCACCCAUCUGUUACAUGUCUACUAUCUGACCACCCAUCUGUUACAUGUGAGGAUACUCUCUAAGAACAUUUUAAUGAUGUGCUUAUAAUGAUGUCUAGGGUUGUUUGGGAAUUAUUUGGAAUGGGGGUUGGUCUCCGGCAAAUUUUGGAAUGGGUGGA